AGGCGAAGACAAACACAUUGGAAGGGGACGAGGACUCCAGGGUGUGCCGGAAGACUGGGGAGAAGCUAGGGAAGCCGGUUUAUGCAUCCAGUAAACCGUCCAGGUGUCCCAAGAGGCUGGUGAAUAUGAACGGACCUGUGAGGCCAAGGUUGGCUUCCCUCAGUGACUUUCAGUUUGGAGUAGUUGCCACUGAGACGAUCGAAGACGCUCUGCUUCACUUGGCCCAGCAGAAUGAGCAGGCGGUGCAGGAGGCUGCGGGUCGCAUGGGCGGCUUCAGGGAGACCCGGAUCGUGGAGUUUGUUUUUCUCCUGUCUGAACAAUGGUGUCUGGAGAAAUCUGCAAGCUACCAGGCUAUAGAAAUCCUAGAAAGAUUUAUGGUUAAACAGGCAGAGAACAUCUGCAGGCAAGCCAUAAUCCAGCUGAGAGAUAAUGAGAAGAAUGAGUCUCAUCACUGGAGGGCUCUGAAAGAGCAGCUUUCCAACAAGUUUAUCCUCCGUCUUGUAUCAUGUGUUCAGCUGGCCAGCAAACUUUCCUUCCACUACAAAAUAAUCAGCAACAUUACAGUCUUGAAUUUCCUUCAGUCUCUGGGAUAUCUGUACACUAAAGAAGAACUGCUGGAAUCAGAGCUUGAUGUUUUGAAGUCCCUGAACUUCCAAAUCAAUCUGCCUACUCCUCUGGCAUAUGUGGAAAUGCUCCUAGAGGUUUUAGGAUACAAUGGCUGUUUGGUUCCAGCCACACAAUUGCAUGCAACCUGCCUGACCCUCCUUGACCUAGUCUAUCUUCUGCAUGAACCCAUAUAUGAGAGCUUGCUGAGGACUUCAAUUGAGAACUCCACACCAAGUCAGCUGCAAGGGGAAAAGUUUAUUUCUGUGAAGGAAGACUUCAUGCUGUUAGGAGUAGGAAUCAUUGCAGCAAGUGCUUUCAUCCAAAACCAUGAGUGUUGGAGCCAGGUCACGGGGCAUUUGCAGAGCAUCACUGGCAUUGCCUUGGCAAGCAUUGCUGAGUUUUCUUAUGCAAUCCUGACUCACAGCGUGGGAGCCAACACUCCAGGGCAACAGCAGCCUGUUCCUCCCCACCUGGCAGCCAGAGCUCUGAGGGUUGCUGCUUCCUCUAACACAUGAGGCAGGCUGAAUCCACCAAAUAUAAACAGCCUUCCGUCACUUCGCUCAUGCCUCCCUGUUUACUUUCAUACUCAGGGUACAAAAGUUCCAAGUCUUUUAAACU